UCAUUAAAAACAAAUAUACAAAUAUUUCACAUUUGCUGCAAAUUCUAUUUUUCUUCGAUAUGAUAAUAUUCCAAAUUGUUUUUUAUAUUAUACGAUCUAUACAAUAUAUGAACUACUUUUAAAAAUGGCGUCGUAUAAAGUAGCGCUACUAUAGCAAAUAGAAUAAUGAAAAACUUAAACUUUUGAUUUAACUCAAAGUUAUAACAAACGUAUAAGAAUUUGAAAACAUAUUAAAUCAAUCUAAAACAUACUUUUCUUCUAUACAGUUUUAUUUUAAUUUUAAUUUGUUCUAUAUUUAUAGUUCAUUAUUCAAAAAAACAAUAUAUAAUAAAUGAUUAAAUAAUAUAAAUGAAUUUUGAAUAUUUUUAUAAAUAUUUAUUUAAUACAUUAUCAAUUUACUUUAUCAUUCAAUAUUAAUUAUUUAAAAGUAAUACAGUGAAAUUAUUUUUCAUUAUAUUAAUUAAAUUCUUUCAAGUAUAAUUAAAUCUUAUUAAAAAAAUAAAAUAUAAAUAUAUUUAUAAAUAACAUAAAUAAAGAAAAUAUUUUUAAAUUAAUCAUGUUUAAAAUUAUCAGUGUAAAUAAUAUAUAUUAUUUUUCUAUGAAAAAGAUAAGAUUAUUUAGUAAUUUUGUAAAAAUAGUAGAAGUCGGACCUCGAGAUGGAUUACAAAAUGAAAAAAAUAUUGUUCCAACAGAAAUUAAAGUUGAAUUUAUUAAUAAACUAUCAAAAAGUGGAUUAAAGAAUAUAGAAGUUACUAGUUUUGUGUCUCCAAAAUGGAUUCCACAAAUAGCAGAUAAUGUAGAAGUAUUCCAAAAAAUUAACAAGAAAAUGGAUAUUUCUUAUCCAGUAUUGAUACCAAAUAUAAAAGGUUUAAAAAAUGCUUUAAAAGUUGGUGUAAAAGAAAUAGCUAUUUUUGGAACUGCAUCUGAAACUUUUUCAAAGAAGAAUACCAACUGUUCCAUUAAUGAUAAUAUGAAAAAUGUUAAAAUAAUUAUUGAAAAUGCAUUAAAACAUGAUAUUAAAGUCAGAGGUUAUAUAUCAUGUAUUGUUAAUUGUCCUUAUGAAGGUAAAAUUAAACCAAAAAUUGUAGCCAAUUUAACUGAAUUCAUGUUACAAUGUGGAUGCUGUGAAAUUUCUUUGGUAGAUACUAUUGGAAUAAGUUCACCUAAUAAAAUAAAAAGUUUAUUACAUGAAUUGAAACAUAUAUCAAGUGAUAUGAAUAAAUUUGCAAUUCAUUGUCAUGAUACAUAUGGGCAAGCUUUAGUUAAUAUUUAUGCUAGCCUUGAAUGUGGUAUAAGAACUUUUGAUUCAUCUGUUGCUGGUCUAGGAGGUUGUCCGUAUACACUUGGAGCUUCUGGAAAUGUUGCUACAGAAGAUUUACUUUAUUUGUUACAUGAGCAAGGUUUCAAAACUGGAGUCAAUCUCAAUGAAAUAGUGAAAAUAGGAGAAUUUAUUAGUACUCAGCUUCAAAGAAAAAAUCAAUCUAAAACAGGAAAAAAUCAUAAAAAAAAUUUGUUAUCAAUAAGAAGUACUAAAUUUUUUCAUUUUAUUUGGUUAAUUAAAAAAUUCUUUUAAAUUGAAAAAAUGAUGUUGCAAUUUUAUGAUUCUAAUAUUUAAAAAUUUGUAUUUGUUUAUAUAAAUGUACUUUAGUACAUCAAUAAUGAUUGGUAAAUUUGUUACAAAGUUAAUACAAACAAUACCAACAUGGGAAGUGACAAAAUAUUAUGGAAGAGUGUGCAUAUAUCAAUUAAAAUGUCUAAAAUAUAAAAUUCAAACAAGCGAAGCAUGGUUUAAUUUUAAGUGCAAAUUUAUGCCUGGUAGUUUGAAUAAUGAAUUAGAAUGUGAAGAACCUAUUAAAACUAAAGUUAAAAAUGAAUCACAACAACAAAAAGGACAAAAUGAAUCAUCUGAAACAAAAUCACAAAAUCAAUGCAAGAAUCAUGAAAGUGCAACUUCACUUAAUGAUUUAAAGAAUACUUAUGUUAUUAAUGAAUUAAUGCCACAUACAAAGAAACAAGAAAAAGAUGAUAAAAAGAUAAUAAAAGAUAAUAAAAAAUAUCAAGAAAAUGAAAAAUAUAUACAUGAAGAAUAUGCAACAAAGAAGGAGAGAAAAGUAUAAUAUAAUUUUAAUCUUUAUUACUAAUGACAUUUCUUUUCAAUGAAAAAUUUUUAUUAUAGAUGAAACGUGUUCAAUAAUAUAUGUAACAAAUUAGAAGAAUUUUUAAUUUGGAAUCUUUAUUAUAUUGUCUGGAAGUUUUAGAAAUUUUUACUUUAUUUGUAUUUAUAUGAUAUUAAAUAAAGUCUAAUGUAUUUUUUAAUAGAAGUAAAUAAAAAAAAUACUGACCAUAGGUUUAA